AUGGCGCCGCCAUGGAGAAUAGUGGGAAUCAACUUUGAUCAUAUGCACAUGGGCGAUCUUUUGCGCCAUGCAUUCAAUCAUCCCAACGCGGAAAUUGUCGGCAUCUGCGAUCGCGAUAUGGAACGAAUGAAGGACACGAUUGCGGCGCUAAACAUCAGACCGGAGACAGUCUUUUUUGAUGUGAACGAGUGCAUCCGCCAAACAAAGCCUGAUCUCAUCGUUUUAUGUCCGGCAACGGCUGAUCACGCCAUCGCUGUCGAGCAGUGUUGCAGUCAUGGAGUAGACAUUUUGAUGGAGAAACCGUUUGCAGCCAACCUACAAGAUGCUGAUCGCAUCAUCAAGGCCAUGUUGGCAGCCGGCAUACGUCUUGCAAUCAACUGGCCUUUGAGAUGGUAUCCUGUGCAUGCCACGACCAAACGCCUGAUUGAUGAAGGAGCGAUUGGUGAUGUUACUGAAGUACAUUUCUACGACGGAAAUCGCGGUCCCCUUUAUCACCUCGCUGACAAGGUCGAAGUCACUGAUGAGGAAGUGCAGCAAAAGAAGCCGACAUCUUGGUGGUAUAAGGCAGCCUCUGGCGGCGGGUCUCUGCUGGACUAUCUCGGCUACGGUGCAACGCUGGGAACCUGGUUUAUGAACGGACGUGCCCCAUUGACAGUGACGUCCAUAACAUCUGCGAGCGAGAAUCUCGAGGUCGAUGAGCACUCAGUUACCGUCUGCCGAUACAGCACCGGACUAUCCAAGUUUGAGACCCGCUGGGGCACCUUUACUGACCCCUGGACCCAUCAGCCCCAGCCCAAGUGCGGGUUUGUUGUGGUUGGGACAGGAGGUACAAUUUCAAGCUAUGACUUUGAGCCUCAUAUUGGACUUCAGACAAAAGAGCAGCGGCAAAUUAUCAAUGUUCCGGUGGAUGUCCAAAAAAGCCCUUUCCGCAAUCCGAUUGAGUAUGUGCUCCAUUGCAAAGAAACCAACACGCCGAUAUCCGGGCCGCUCGACCCUGCCCUUUGUCGCACCGCUCAGCGCAUAAUCGACACGGCAGUGGAGUCUGCAAAACAACAAAAAACACUAGAGCUACUUCAGUGA